AUGUCAAUCUUGAUCAAAAAUGGACUUGUGGUCAAUGAGGACUCUAUUCAGAGAGCUGAUGUGCUAGUUCAGGAUGGAAUUAUUAAGUAUGGCACCUACAAAAGAAACAAAUACGAAAUUUUAAACAUAAACGAGAACAUUUUGACUAAAAGCAGUUAAAGAUAAGGCAGUACCCAUUCUAUUUACAGAGCGGUAGAUUCAUCACUUGAGCCCAUCGAUGAGUCCACAGAGAUCAUCAAUGCCGACGGCAACUACGUCAUGCCCGGAGGCAUUGAUCCCCACACUCACAUGCAAUUGCCAUUUAUGGGGCAGGUCUCUAUUGAUGACUUUUAUACUGGAACGAGAGCUGCCUUGGCUGGUGGGACUACCAUGGUAUGUUCAAACAAACAUUAGUUAGGUAUAAAAAUAACUUGAUGUCAUAUUAUUUUAGAUAAUUGACUUUGUAAUCCCGGACAAGCAGACCACUCCCUUACAAGCCUACAAGCAAUGGAGAAAGUGGGCCGACGAGAAAGUUUGUUGCGAUUACUCUUUAUCCAUAGCCAUUACUUCUUGGAACGAUCAAGUCAAGCAUGAAAUGGAAGUCCUCACUACUCCUGAAUACGGCAAGUAUCAGUCUGUCGGAAAAAUAACGGCGGAUCGUCGCAUCAAAAUGUCUCGCCUCGCCGCUGUCGCGCAUCAAAUCCCAAUCCGCGGCUUGCAGUCGCAAAGCGAUGAUGGGCGAUUCCGAGGCGCGACGAUCCGCCGUUUUUUUCCCGACAGACCGAUAAUGUCAUUAAUGACAUCAACCUUCAGGUAUCAACUCAUUCAAGUUCUUUUUGGCCUACAAGGGAGUCUUUAUGGUGGAGGACCACGAGUUUUUCCAAGGCCUCAAACAAUGUGCCAAAGUCGGAGCUUUAGCCAGAGUUCAUGCAGAAAAUGGCCCAGUAAUUGCUGAGAAGCAAAAAGAACUUCUCGAACUUGGGGUAACAGGCCCUGAAGGUCACACCCAGUCCAGACCAGAAGAACUCGAAGCCGAAGCCACACAACGGGCUUGUAUUUUAGCUGCUGAAGCCAAUUGCCCUUUGUAUGUGGUGCACGUUAUGUCAAAGGGAGCUGCCCGAGCUAUCGCUCAAGCUCGGCAGAAGGGCAAUGUCGUAUUUGGAGAGCCGAUUGCGGCUGGUUUGGCGUGCGAUGGAUCACAUUACUAUGAUAAGAACUGGGAACACGCCGCUCAAUUUGUUUUGUCACCUCCAUUAAGCCGGGACAAGGGAACGCCCGAGGCAUUGAUGGAUUUGUUAGCUUGGUAAGGAAAUUCUUACUUAUUCAAAAUAAAAUGCAUCCGAUAAAAUUAAUAAUAUUGAUAUUUUUAGCGGACAGCUCCACUUAACAGCCACUGACAAUUGCACUUUUUCUUGCAGUCAAAAGAGAAUGGGACUCCAAGAUUUUACCAAGAUUCCAAACGGUGUAAACGGAGUAGAAGAUCGGAUGGGAGUGGUCUGGGAGAAGGGUGUAAACACCGGAAAGAUCGACCCCAUGAGAUUCGUGUCCAUCACCAGUGCUACUGCUGCCAAGAUCUUCAAUUGCUAUCCCAAGAAAGGACGAAUCCAAGCAGGGUCGGAUGCUGAUAUUGUCAUCUGGAAUAAGGAUGCUGUAAAGACAAUCUCUGCAGCAAAUCAUCAUCAAGCUGUGGAUUACAACAUCUUUGAGGGUAUCAAAAUUCGUGGAGUCGCCGAGAUUACAAUCAGCCGAGGAAAGGUCGUCUGGAGAAAUGGGGAAUUGUUCACAGAUCCUGGGGCUGGAAAGUUCGUACCGUUGAAACCUUGGUGUAACCAUGUGUUUGGAACAAUUGAGGCCAGAAAAGAGGUGAGUACUCUCCGGAAGAUUUGCAAACAUGUUCAGCUUUUUUAAAUUAAUUCCAAGUUUAUUUUUAUCUUGUUUAUCCACUUUUUCCUGAGAUAAUUAUAACAGAUACUCGUAUCUGCACCUUCUUUGCAUCCUCCUCCUCAUGAUCGCCCUUUGCUCCUUAUGGUGGACCUUAUCCUUUGGUUUCGUCAAUCGCUUUCCUUUAUGAUCUCAAAGACUCCAAAAAUUCCGUUCCUCCUUUUCUUUGCUUUUCAGUUCCAUUUUCACGUUUCCUCAAGAGCUCUUUGAACGUACUCCUGUUCUAAUUGUUGUCCUUAGAUUGCAGAUCAAUCUGUAUUCUCUAUCUAUUUUUGCAGCGUCGAAAGCCUCGCCUUGUCCUCCGUGAAACAGACGUCCAAAACAAUAACCUGACAGGCGGUAAGGGUGAUAAAUCAAGAUAAUCCUAUGUGUUUCCAGCCGUUCGAGUUGAAUGA